GGCUCGUUCUGCAUCAUCGACUACACGGGCUUCCUGCCGAGCGGCGAGGUCUUCGACUCGACGGAGAAGAAGGGCGGCAAGCCCCUCGCCUUCCGCCUCGGCGACAAGCAGGUCAUCGUCGGCAUCGAGCAGGUCGUAUCGCAGAUGAAGCCGGGCGAGGAGGUCCAGGCUUUGGUGCCCGCGGAGCUCGCCUACGGCGAGAAGGGC